AUGUUGAAAAACUGUUUCGAAAACCUAUUUAUAUUUUCUCAGCAGUUUUUAAAAAAUUAUUAUAAAAUUAACUAUGAAAUGCUAAUCAUUAAAAGACCAUGUUUUAACAGUAAUAUAAUUCAUAAGGAACACUGGGGGGGGUAUCAUCAUAUUAAUGAUGUACAUCUGCAUUUUUUAAAAUAUAAAUUUAGCUUUAUAUUAAAUAAUAGAAUAAGUACAAAGAGAAGAAGAUAUUUUAAAAUACGGAAACAUCAAAAGAAGAAGUACAAAAAAAAAAGAAUGGGCUUAUCUACCAUCCCAUGGAUACCAACAAAAGAAAAAAUCAGAACAUAUAAAUUACCAAGACAGAGUAAACUAAUCAAUAAAAGAUUCAUGAGAGACAAUAAAGGAGGUCGAAGAUAUCGUUUGAAAAAGCAGCGAUGA